AUGGCGGUGGCGGCGGCGGCGGUUCGGAUGAACAUCCAGUUGCUGCUGGAGGCGGCCGAUUACCUGGAGCGGCGAGAGCGAGAAGCUGAACAUGGUUAUGCCUCCAUGUUACCAUACAAUAACAAGGACAGAGAUGCCUUAAAACGGAGGAGCAAAUCCAAGAAGAAUAGCAGCAGCAGCAGAUCAACACACAAUGAAAUGGAAAAGAAUAGACGGGCCCACCUUCGCUUGUGCCUUGAGAAGCUGAAGGGGCUGGUACCGCUUGGACCUGAGUCGAAUCGUCAUACUACUUUAAGCUUAUUAACAAAAGCAAAAUUACAUAUAAAGAAGCUUGAAGACUGUGACAGAAAAGCAGUACACCAAAUAGACCAGUUACAGCGAGAACAGCGGCACCUGAAAAGGCAGUUGGAGAAGUUGGGCAUUGAGAGAAUAAGAAUGGAUAGCAUAGGAUCUACAGUCUGCUCAGAACGCUCUGACUCAGACAGAGAAGAAAUUGACGUUGAUGUUGAAAGCACAGACUAUCUCACAGGUGAUCUGGACUGGAGCAGCAGCAGCGUGAGUGACUCGGACGAGAGAGGGAGCAUGCAGAGCCUGUGCAGUGACGAGGGCUACUCGAGCUCAAGCAUUAAGAGAAUAAAGCUACAGGACAAUCACAAGACUUGUCUCAGUCUAUAA